CACCUACGCCCAGCUGACCAACUGCACCGCGCUGCUGGCCGAGCGCCUGGGCUGCUUCUGGCCCAACGCCCAGGUGGACCAGCUCUUCCUGACCAUCCACCGGGACUUCUUCUGGAGCUGCUCCCCCUCGGGCCGCGCCCUGCGCGACCCCCCGCCCCACGUCCUCUGCCCCUUCGUCCUCCUGCCCGUCCUGGUCACCCUCCUGAUGACGGCGCUGGUGGGAUGGAGGAGCAAGCGCAGCCAGGCCCUGGGCUAG